GAGAUCUGCCGUCUCGUCCCCGACUCCGGGAGCUCUCUCCCCCCCACCCCCGGGCGCUAUGGGAGGGCUCUGGCGUCCCCCGUGGAGACCCGUUGCCUUCUGUGGCUGGCGCUGGAGCCACCGUGGCUUCGCGGCCAGGGCCGCGGAGAGGGUAGUGCCCCGUCUCAGGCCGGGAACGAGUGGGGCAGGAGGUGCUGAGACGGCGCUGAGGCGCCUCGGGACCUGGAGGCGCCCGAGCCCGGCCCCGGAGCUGGCGCUGCAGCCCCCGCCGCGGCGGCCGAAGAGCACGAACCCUUUCACUCGCGCGCAGGAGGAGGACUGGCGGCGUCGGAACAAGACGGUGCUCACGUACGUGGCCGCGGCCGCCGUGGGCAUGCUGGGAGCGUCCUACGCCGCUGUACCCCUUUAUCGGCUGUAUUGCCAGACUACUGGUCUUGGAGGGUCAGCAGUAGCAGGUCAUGCAUCAGACCAGAUUGAAAACAUGGUGCCUGUUAAGGAUCGAAUUAUUAAAGUCACCUUUAAUGCAGAUGUGCAUGCAAGUCUCCAGUGGAAUUUUAGACCUCAGCAAACAGAAAUAUAUGUAGUACCAGGAGAGACUGCACUGGCGUUUUAUAAAGCUAAGAAUCCUACAGACAAACCAGUAAUUGGAAUUUCUACAUACAAUGUUGUACCAUUUGAAGCUGGACAGUAUUUCAAUAAAAUACAGUGCUUCUGUUUUGAGGAACAAAGGCUUAAUCCACAAGAGGAAGUAGAUAUGCCAGUGUUUUUCUACAUUGAUCCUGAAUUUGCUGAAGAUCCAAGAAUGGUGAAUGUUGAUCUCAUCACUCUUUCUUAUACGUUUUUUGAAGCAAAGGAGGGGCAGCAGUUGCCGGUUCCAGGCUAUCAUUGAAGUCUGCACCUAAGUCCUGAUUCAGAUUUGUGAUUUUUGAAAAAUCAUGAAUCUAUAGAUGUCUUCUCAGGGGAGAAAUACUCUACAGUAAUGUGAAGCUAUUUUAAAUAUUAUAUAAUGCUGUUUUAUCAGCUAAUUUACCCUACAUAAAAUUGAACGGUUUCUAUCAUAAGGAAUCCACAUGCCUAUUUAGAAUAUAUGACUGUUCAAAACCAUAGAAUAUAAUAAAAGUAAUAUUGAUAAUAAAAUUUAGAUAAUAUUAAAGGAAA